AGUGACAGUUUGUGUGCAGUGAUAUCUCUAAAAUUAUUUUGGCAAUGAAACCAUAAACGCAUAUUGGGAUUUUGAAGAGAUGAGCGAUACAACUACAUCCACUCCUUCAACAUCAGCUACAAUUAGUAGCACUACUAGUAAUCAUUCAGUUGUCAGUACUACUGUGCCAUUCCUGUCAUCUACCACCAACAGCUCUGAUGAUGUACAUAAUGGGACCCUGCCCCACAUACCCCUCAUCUUCCUACAAACUGCUGCAGCUCAGGGCAUCGGUGGAGCUUUUGCAUUCCUUGCACUUCUCAUUACAGUUCAUCAGAUUUAUCUCCAUCUCCGAUAUUAUACCUGCCCAAAUGAGCAGCGCUGGAUUGUACGGAUUCUCUUUAUUGUUCCUAUUUACUCAUUUGAUUCCUUCCUAAGCCUGAUGUUCUUUAACAAUGACAACUACUAUGUGUACUUUGACAGUGUAAGAGAUUGUUAUGAGGCAUUUGUAAUCUACAGUUUUCUGAGUCUGUGCUAUGAAUAUCUAGGAGGAGAGAGCUCCAUUAUGUCAGAAAUCAGAGGAAAACCAAUCAAGUCCAGUUGGAUCUGGUGUACCUGCUGUUUAGCUGGACAACAGUACACCAUUGGAUUUCUCCGAUUCUGUAAACAGGCCACCCUGCAGUUCUGUAUUGUUAAACCAGUAAUGGCUGUGAUUACCCUGAUUUUACAAGCAUUCGGUCUCUACAAGGAUGGAAACUUCUCCCCCUCCUCUGGGUUCCUGUACAUUACCCUGAUAUACAACACAUCGGUCAGCCUUGCCCUGUAUGCCCUCUUCCUGUUUUAUUUUGCCACAAGAGAACUUUUGAGUCCUUAUGAUCCUGUCUGGAAGUUCCUCACUGUCAAAUCUGUCAUUUUCCUGUCAUUCUGGCAAGGUAUUGUGCUGGCAAUUCUGGAAAAGGCAGGUGCUAUAAGUCCUAUUUUCUCUGACAAUGGAACCAUGAAGGUUGGACUAGGUACUGUCUCAGCUGGAUACCAGAACUUCUUUAUUUGCAUAGAAAUGUUCUUUGCUGCUUUGGCACUGCGACUGGCAUUCCCUCAUUCGAUCUACAGCUCGGGGCCCGCCAAUACAACAGGAAGAACGGUGUCUCUCCAGAGCAUAUCCAGCAGUCUCAAGGAAACCAUGAACCCCAGGGACAUAAUGCAGGAUGCAAUUCAUAACUUCCACCCGAAUUAUCAACAAUACACACAGCAAGGAAGUAAGAUCCCUCACGAGGAGGAACAGGCAGAUGGAUGGCCGUAUGAACAGUACCAGAAUCGUCCCACUCGCAAUGGUAAUGUUACGAGGGACGUGUUGUCAAGGCCGUUGCCCCAUCAACAACCAGAAACUGCCCAAGGCCAGCAAGCACAGCGCCCUCAUGUUGGCUCAACCACAAGGAAAUUUAAUGAGAAGACAACCCUUUUAAGUUCUGAUGAUGAAUUUCAGUGAACUUUGAAAUGAUGGGUAGCGCAUUACAAUCUCUAGUCUGUGUGACCAGUAUGAUUAGUGGAGAAGAGAAUUGAUGUAUAUCACUGCAGUCAGACAAAGGAAUUGGUAUUUCUUGUGUAGGAAAUGGAUUUCCUCCAAAGACUUAACAGAUUACAUCAACUUUCUAUACAGAAGCUGAAUUAUUCUAACAAAUAUUUUUAAUCCAGUUAUGCCGUGAAGCACUACAGCUCUAGCUAUCACUAACCAUUUAACAGCCAUUACAGUCUUAUUUCUAUAUUUAUGUGCAAUGUUAACUACAAUCUAUUCUGUCUUGUAUAUAUAAAGAAGUUGAUAAGGUUGAUACCCACCGAGUUAUCAAGGUUAGUGUAUACAAUGUAAUCUGUAGUAGUAUUAGAGUUAGUAGUUCUAAGGUUUGUGAUUGUACCAGUGUUCUGUACAAAUGUAUACAAUAUCAAGAGUCUAUAAUUAAGUUAAAGGUUUUGAGUUCCGUUAUUGUGAUAAUUGAGGUCAUAUCAUUUUUACAUGUUCACCAGUAGCUAUUGAAUUACAUUACAGUAGGUAUAGCUGUAUGAACACUGUUUUAUAGCCUUUGUUUGUCAUAAUGACUAUUCUGAACAAUGCGCUGAAGAAUCUCUUUUUUAAUAAUGGAGAGCUAAAGUUUUGUACUUUGUUAUUAUCAACAUAACCCCACUUUUUUUGUAACUCCUAAUAAUAUGAGAAGAAAUUGAGAGUGUGUGUGGAUUCUGCAAAGGAUGGCAGUACGUGUAUGGGAAGGAACAAAAAAAUUAAGUUUCAUUUUUUUAAAAUGACAAGUACAUAGUACUAGUAUUCUGAUUUUAAAAUGAAGGACAAUACUCUCCAAAACAAAUUUUAUUUACUUUUUGUACUAGUCUCACUUUAAUUCAGUUCUGUUUAAAAAAAAAAUGGGGGUCAAUUUAUACCAUUUUUGCUUUAAAAUUGCCUCUCCAUAACAGGUUAAUAUAUCAUUUUUGUCUGUGACUGUGUUCUUGUGAAUGAAGUUUUCAAUUUUCCUGACAGAUACAAGAAUGACCAAUUCCAUUUAGCAUAGAGUGCAAUAAUCACAUUGUCAGUUUGGUUUGUAAAGGUUCAUAGUUCAGAGUAAGUGCUUUUGUGAGGAUAUUGGACUUGUGUAUGAAUGUCAAGUUGUCUCCCUUGAGAUAUUAUGUCGGAGGUCUCUGUGUUUAUGGUGGUUGGAUACAGUGACAUAAAAUGGCUUCUUGUACAUUUGUAAAUUCAUCAGUUAAACCAAUUUAAUGCUGUAGAUGUCCCAAUACAUGUAAGUUUUUUAAUGUAUCCAAGUAAAUGACCAUUAAUUAUUAAGCAUUGUCAUACAACCUAUAGAGUGCAUUACAAUAUAUUCACACAGACUUGCUGUGACAAAUCACAUUAACUAAUCUCUGUUUGGUUUUUGUUGCAUAAUCAGCUUGAAAUGUGUUCAUCACUUGAGUGGAAUUAUUGACCUCCAUGUAAUGCUCAGGUGGUUGCCGAGCGGUUUUUAAGAGCCACGACAUUGUUCAAGGAGGGAUUAUCAAUUUUGUUGUCAGGGAAAUAUUGACUUGUAAAAUGAUUGGUAUCAUUAUAAUAUGUACAUGUGGCCAAUAAUAAAAAAUGAUUUGUUUGAUGUACUCCAACCAACCUGCUAAAAUCACCCCAACCUGAUCAUUUUUUGUUAUUUCAGUUCUUUAAAUUUUAUUUUAUUAUUUGUUCAUGGGAAAGUACAGAUUGUCUUUAUCUUUUUUAAAGUUAGUUUUUUUCAUUUCUAAGAGAUAUUUUUAGUUUUAAAGUUUUUACAACAAUAAAUAUUAAAUAUGUCUAGCUGUCUUGUCUAUACAUUAUGAAAACAUCAAUGAAUCUGUAAGUCUGAUGAUUAUCUAUUUGUAAGAUAAUACCUACCUACCCACCUUGAAAUAUGAGAGUUGGAGUACAUUCAACAACAACAAAUUAAUGCUGGCCUGUCUGAUUCUUUUAUUUCAGCAGAGUUUUAGAUUGUUUUGCAAAAAUUGUACAUAAUUUCAAACACUUUAGGGGCUUAGCUACUUUAAUACCCCACUCAAGCACAUCACAUGGCUUUGUGAAUGGGAUAAAAGAAAAUCAACAGAAUUCACUAUCAGUAUUAUAUUUUAAAAAGAAAAUCAUUUUUAGCAUUAUUAGAUCAGGAAUUUGUAUUAAUUUUAUGGCACCAUUAAAAAAAGUAUUAGGGUUGUAAUUUCCUUGUUCUAAGGUUGUGCAAUUUUGGAGAUACUGAAGAUGUUCCAAAACUUUAUCUAAAAAUUUUAAAAGGUGGGCAUUUAAAUCAUUCAUUUGGUACAAUGACAAAAAAUUCCUUUCACAGAAAUUAUUUGUGAAAUGGUAGUUAUAGGAAAAUUCUUCACAUAAAUUUUAGUAUAUGUAUAAUGUACAUGUAUAUACAUGAACAUACAUUAAAUUUCCUUUUGCUAAAUUGCAUCGUUUUAGCAACAUUGUAAAUUGUUGUCCAUAAUUUUUUUCAAAUGUCUCUGGGACCAAUUAAAACAUGAAAUGUAUUCCUAUAUCACAUAUAUGGGAAAAGGGAUGAGGGGAGGGGGAGGUUGAGCCUUUUUUCAUUAAAUGUUUUUGUUAGAUCAAUAUCAGUUUUUUCAUUGAACAGUUAUUAUUCAUUGUCAUAAAAAAUUAGGUUAAUGAAUUUUACAUCUCUCUCUCUUUCUCCAUCCUUGCUACACUCUCAUAGAAACAUUUUUAGGGACGUGUGUAUUAUAAAUUUAUUUUUGUAAUUGUUUUACAUAUAGAUAUAUUAUGUUUUAGGCAUUACAUUUGAGGAUUUUUUACAUAUUAUUUUACAUACAUGUAUUUGCAAAAUUGUUCUCAUUCCUGGUGUUUGGUAGUAGAUACAGCGUUGGUAUUUCAUUUACCAUCAGUAUGAGCCAGUUCUAGCAUCCAACAGUAAUACAUGUGUAUUCCUAUAAUCUUAAAUUAGUUUUGAAAGCAUGUUUAGCUGACCAUAACUUACAAAUGGUGAAUAGACUACUUACUGUUAGGAUUUAUAUUAACUGUGGCUGUGGUAGGAUCUUAGACAUUAUUGACAAGUGGACAACAUCUUGUAUCUUUUUUUGACUCUUAGUUUAUAACAAAGUAGUUGUACAGCUUACACAUAUCUGUUGACUGUUAAUUGUGCCAUGUUGUCCUGGUCUUUGUGUAUGUGAUAAUAAAAUAUCAACUGAAA